AUGUCCUCAUCAACUCCCUCUACCUCUGCAACAUUCUACAUCUUCUUCCUCUUAACAAUCAUCACUCCCUCUUACUCAGCUCGUGUUCUCUUCGCCGAAGCCGAGCCACCACAACCAUCCCAGCAUCCAACUCAACCCUCAGUAACAUUCUUAAUGCGAGACAUACAACCUUCAACAAGAAACACAAUAAACCCGCAACAACAACAACAACAACAACAACAACAACAACAACAACAACUUCCUUUCUCAAAACCCUUAAGAAACUUUCCUCUAACAUAUGGGGGAAUACCUUCACCCUACAAAACUAACUCAAAUAAUCACAAAACUCCUACACAAACAGUCCUAGAUAUGCCUAGUUUCGGGAUCGCUUUCCCAGCAACAAGCACUCUCCAAGAAGAGUUGGAGUUUGGGUCAGUGAUCAACAUUGAAGAGGAUAUAUACGUCGAAAGCUCGGCGAAUGGACCGACAGUUUUGGGUAAGGCAAAAGGGGUUUAUGUGGCUAUGAGCUCAUCAAAUAAUGGGGGUAAUCAUAUGAUGGCAAUGACUGCAAGUUUUACUGGUGAAGAUGGAGAUGAUUUGAAGUUUUUUGGGGUGCAUAUGAGGGAUGUAUUCGAGUGUCAUGUUGCUGUAGUUGGUGGCACUGGAAAGUUUAAAGAUGCUAAUGGAUAUGCUGUUAUUAAAGUUAUCAAUAGAGAUCAAGGAUCAACUGGAAAAAUGAUGCUAAAAUACAAUGUUUAUCUCAGCUAA